CAGACAUUGCACACGUGUAUUAUUUUGGUUUUUCUUCAGGUAUCCAAAUAAAAACACGAUUCAAUAAAAUUAUGAAAAUUUUGCCCAUUGUUAAUUAAAAAUCGAAGAAAAAAAAACCUGACAUGACGUGCUUUUUUCAACAAUUUCUAACCAUAAAUAAUCUGAUUGCAUUGUUAACGAUUAUAAUCAUAACAAUCAUAUUUAUUUCGAUAUUAAUUCGUUUGACAACCGAUCAAUAUCCAAGAAUUUUAAUUUAUAAAGAUGAACGAUUUUAUUUGGAUCCAAUUUCUGGUGAACAUCAUCCAUUACCACAAUUAGGAACAAUAUUCCUGAGUAAAAAACAUACGGUUACUUAUCAGGAUAUUCAACCAUCAACACAUUAUUUAUCGGUAAUUGUACCAGCUUAUAAUGAACAAAAUCGAUUACCGACGAUGUUAGAUGAAGCUAUUGAUUUUCUUGAACAAAAAUCCUUUAAAUAUGAAAUCAUCGUUGUUGAUGAUGGAAGUCGUGAUAAAACCACCCAGAUAGCAUUAGGUUAUGUACAAAAAUAUGGAACGGAAAAAAUUCGUGUCAUAACAUUGGUAAAAAAUCGUGGAAAAGGUGGUGCAAUUCGUAUCGGUAUUCUGGCCGCUCGUGGUGAAUAUUGUCUUUUUGCCGAUGCUGAUGGAGCAACGAAAUUUUCUGAAUUUGAAAAAUUAAAUCAUUUUAUUCAAGAAAGACGAAAAUCAUACAGUAAAAAUGAACUUAAUUGUAAAGAGAAAAAUUUUGGCAGUGAAUUCGAUCCUAAAAUGUUUCCAAUUGCAAUUGGAUCACGUGCUCAUAUGGAAGAAGAAUCCAUUGCACAACGAUCAUUAUUUCGAACAUUUUUGAUGUGGGGUUUUCAUUUUGUUGUAUGGUUAUUGACAGUAAAAACUGUACGCGAUACACAAUGUGGAUUUAAAUUGUUUCCACGUACCGUGGCGCAGAUUUUAUUCACACAUACCCACAUUGAACGAUGGGCUUUUGAUGUUGAAUUACUUUUAUUAGCUGAACGUUUACAAUUACCAAUCGGUGAAAUACCAGUCGAAUGGACUGAAAUUGAAGGAUCAAAAAUUGUACCGGUAUUUUCAUGGAUACAAAUGGGUAUCGAUGUUACAUUAAUAUUUUGGAAUUAUACAAUCGGUGCAUAUUGUUAUCCAAAACAACCAUAUGAAAAAAUUUAUGGUAUCAUUAUGCAACAGCCAUUAUUAUGAUUUAAAGACCAAGAAGAAUGAAUGAAUGAAAUUCUAUCUUUAAUC